UUGUUUCUGAAAUUUAAAACACACUCCGGAACAGCGAGGGCAAUUCUAGCAGACAGACACGAGGUCCAGACACUGCGAGGAGAGAGUCGAGGACCAUGGGGAAGAAGUUUCGCAUUGCCUGCCUGGUGCUCAUCAUGGUGGCCGUUCUGAUCGUUUGUCUCAGUCUGUUCUUACGCGUGAAACAUCAGACACACUGCUUCUCUAAAGCCGCUGUAGCAGCCGACGCGGGCCAGUGCUCUGAGAUCGGCAGGGACAUGUUGAAGCGUGGAGGCUCUGCGGUCGACGCCGCCAUCGCAACACUGCUGUGUGUCGGACUGUAUAAUGUUCACAGCAUAGGCAUCGGAGGAGGACAUUACUUCAUCAUCUAUAAUGGGUCUACAGGAAGGGUGGAGACGAUCAAUGCGAGGGAUACGGCGCCUCUAAAGGCCAGGUCUGACAUGUUCGGCAACGAUACAAAGCUCGCGCUAAAAGGAGGCCUGUCCAUCGCGGUCCCCGGUGAGCUUCGUGGCUAUGAGCUGGCACACCGGCGUCAUGGUCGCCUGCCGUGGAGGGAGCUGUUUGAGCCGAGCAUCAAGCUGGCACGUGACGGCAUCCUCAUCAGCAGAGCUCUCGCCAAAGCCAUGCUGGAAAGCCAGAAGCACAUUCAGGCUGAUCCAGUGCUGUGUGAAGUAUUCUGUAACUCCAAUAAAACCAUCCUGAGGGAAAACGACACUAUCAGAUUCCCACGGCUAGCAGACACCUACGAGAAGAUCGCUAACGAAGGAGCUGAUGUCGUUUAUACCGGCUCCAUGGCUCAAACCAUCGUGAAGGACAUCCAGGCUGCAGGUGGCAUUAUAACGCUUGAAGACCUGUCAGGGUAUACACCAGAGCUGAAUAAACCUCUAAAGAUAAAUGUGGGAGAAUACACUAUGCACUUCCCAGAUGCUCCAUCCGGCGGUCCUGUGCUAGCGCUAAUCCUCAACAUUGUGGAUGGUUAUAACUUCUCAUCCAGUAGUGUAUCUACUGUAGAGCAGCAGGCGCUCACUUAUCACCGCAUUAUUGAGGCUUUCCGCUUCGCCUACGCUAAGAGGAGCAGGCUGGGAGAUCCUCGCUAUCUCAACAUCACUGACCUCAUCCACAACAUGACCUCGGAGUACUUUGCUAAUAACAUCCGCAGUAAGAUCUCGGAUGACAAAACACGGAACGAGAGUUACUAUGAGCCGGAAUACCUUAUCUCCAAGAAUCAUGGGACGGCUCACCUGUCCAUUCUGGCAGAGGAUGGGAGCGCUGUGGCUGUGACCAGCACCAUCAACCAGUAUUUCGGUUCUAAAGUGAUGUCAAACUCCACUGGAAUCAUCUUUAACGAUAACAUGGAUGACUUCAGUUCUCCGAACAUAACAAAUGCAUUCGGCCUUCCUCCUUCUCCCAGUAACUUCAUCCAACCAGGUAAAAGGUCGCUCUCGUCCAUGUGUCCCACAAUCAUCUGUGACAAACACAACAAAGUGAAAAUGGUCGUUGGUGCAUCGGGUGGAACAAAGAUCAUCACGGCAACGGCUCUAGUGAUCCUGAACUCUCUGUUCUUUAACUAUGAUGUAAAGCGAGCUGUUAUGGAACCCCGUGUCCACAACCAACUCAACCCAAACUAUAAUGAGGUGGAGAAAGACUUCAAGAAGAGUGUGAUAGCGAUACUGACACAGAAGAAUCAUGUGACACAGUUGCAGAAUUCCACAGCAGUGGUUCAGGCCGUGGUGAGACAGGACGGUCAGGUCUGUGCUGAAUCAGAUCAAAGGAAAGGAGGAUAUCCUGCUGGGUACUGAAAUUAACUUCAACAACAAUCAACUUUUAAUGAAAGUUAGCUUUGAUUAAAAAAAGACAUUGACUUAAAAU